AUGGAAAAGCUAGGGCAAUACUCGGUGGAGACUGAAACUGAAACUGAAACGCCGCUAGUUAAUGGAUCCACUUCGUCUACCGAUUCGGAAGAGGAGGACGAGACCCUCGAAGAGGAGAUCCCUCAUGAAACGACUCGGCAAUUUUUCACACGUCAAUACCGGAACAUCGUGCACUUCUUUGUGGAGGAUUGGUUUCUGUCGGGUUUACUGGGAGUGAUCACGGCGGUGCUUUCGAUCACGACCGAUGUCGGCAUUGAGUAUUUGCAGCACUUUAAACGAGUUCUUUACGAGUCGGCAAAUACGAGCAGUGUGUACGGUGCUUUCGCCUCUUGGGUGCUUUUCAUGGUUAUUUGUGUUUCGUUUGCCGGUCUCAUUUGUCACACAAUUUCUAAACAAGCUGUUGGCUCUGGUAUCCCCGAAGUGAAAGUAAUCAUGCACGGAUUUGCGAUGAAGAAUUAUUUGACAAUGAGGACAUUGAUUGCAAAGAUCUUUGGCCUCGUUCUCACAUUGGGCACGGGUUUUCCAGUUGGGAAAGAGGGUCCCUUCGUGCACAUGGGUGCCAUCGUCGCCUCACUUCUCAGUCGAGCCACCUCCGCUUGCACUUACAAUGCGUUUUUCUCGAAUGAGGGUCGAAUCAUGGAAAUGCUCUCUUCUGGAUGCGCUGUCGGCAUUGCUUGUACGUUCAGUGCGCCAGCUGGAGGUGUUCUGUAUGGCAUUGAGUCGACGUCGAAAUAUUUUGCGCUAAAGAAUUAUUGGCGUUCAUUCUUUGCCACAACAUGUUCAGCGAUCAUUUUCCGAUUUGCAAUGGCUUUCAUUUUACCGCAACAUAUUGCCGGAACGAUCACCGCCUACUAUCAAACGUCUUUCCCGAAUGAAGUUUUCUUCAUCGACGAGAUUCCACUCUUUGCAUUGUUGGGGGCGAUUUGUGGCCUGGCAGCAGCUGCAUUCAUUUGGUUGAAUCGACAAAUGGCGUUGUUGGUGAGAAAGAAUAAAGCGUGCAAAGCCUUGUGGACAAAGAGCCCGAUCAUCUACACUGCCAUUUGGGCAGUCGUCGUCUCGGUGCUCACUUUCCCAGACGGAUUGGGGCAAUUUUGUGCUGGAAAGCUGACUUUCCGAGAGGCGCUCAGCGAUUUCUUAGCAAAUUGCACCUUCACAAUGCACAAUAAAACGGCGAUGGGUUGUCCACACUCGAUCAUCGAGCAUUGGACACGUCAGGGAGCGGGCGAAGGAACGGACAUUCUAUUGACGCUCGUUGGAUUCUUGUGUGUUUAUUUCUUCUUGAUCUCCAUCUGUAUCACUCUCUAUGUCCCAUCGGGAGUCUUUGUGCCGUCAUUUGUUGUUGGAGCUGCAAUGGGUCGCCUAAUGGGUGAAGUGGUGUCAUUGAUGUGGCCAGAGGGAAUCAGAGGAAUAUCCAAUCCACAAAUAUUCCCCGGUCUCUACGCUGUUAUUGGUGCCGCAGCUUACACAGGUGCUGUCACACAUUCACUUUCGAUUGCGGUGAUUGUUUGUGAGACAACAGGGCAACUCUCGGCUUUACUACCGGUUUUGAUCGCUUUGAUGAUCGCGAAUGCAUUGUGUUCUUUCAUUCAACCGUCAAUCUACGAGUCAACAAUUCUCAUCAAAGGAUAUCCAUAUCUUGCUGAUCUACCACCAUCACGAAUUUCUGUUCACACGUUGAAAGUGGAAAAGAUCAUGAUCAAAGAUAUUAUUUAUAUCACAAAGGAAACAACAUACAAAGAGUUGAGAGCAAUUCUUCUAGAAACCCCGCAACUCAAGAGUUAUCCAUUUGUCACCGAUCGACACUCAAUGACUUUACUGGGAUCUGUAUCGAGAAAAUAUUUGACUCAUUUGUUGUCGAAAAAAUUGGGACCAGAUCCAGCUUUUGCUAAUAAGCGAGUGUUUACUCCAAGUGAAAUUCUGAAUACUUUGAGAAAUCGAAGCUCGAGCUCGAACCUGUUGAGUCUUGGAAGAAAUCUUUCGAUUCCGAAUACGAACACGAAUCCUUUGAGUUUGAGGAACUCUUGGUCCGCUGGAUUUCUUACUGAUCGGAGCAUCUCUGGAAACACAUUGUUGGCUCAUUCACCUCUUCAUGAAAGCGGAGAGCAACGAGCUCCACUCGUCAAUUUGUUGAUGAAUCAGAAUGAGCAAGAUGUUCAAGUGAGGACAAUGGCUGAGCGAGUGGCUGUUUUAGCCUCUCCAUUGGCAGUGGAAGGAGUGGCUAUCGAUCCGGCUCCAUUUCAACUUGUUAGAGGAACAUCUUUGUAUAAGGUGCACACUUUGUUCUCACUUCUUGCCCUCAAUCAUGCCUAUGUGACUGAUAAGGGAAAGUUGAUCGGUGUCGUUGCUCUUAAAGAGCUACGAAAAGCUCUCGCCAACAUCUACACUCGUGGAGCAGUUGCCCCGAUGAGGAAACGAACGACAGCAAGUGUGAGGAGAGGAGAAACUGACACCGAAGAGGUCACGAAUCUCAAUGAAACUGGACAAGAAGAUGGCAUAUUGAUCGAUCACCGAGGGAUGAACGGGGAGAAUUCUCAUGAUGGUGACAUUGUCAUCAAUCCAAGACGGGUCGCAAGUAUGCCUGGGAGUACUUCACCUAAUCCUCAGGAUCUA